GCUAAUAUACAAAGUAUUAAAUGACGAGCAGGAAAAUAAUUUAAUCGCAAUGUAAUAGUUUCAUCGACACUUUCCUUAUUAUUUUACCAACCUCAACUCAUUUUAUCUCAUGUGACGGCAAAUAGCAGAUGUGUGGUUUUAUUUAAAACAAAAAAUAAUAAAACUUAUAGCGCGGAAAUAAGAACUAAACAUUUUAUUACGCGCCUGUAAAUAUUUUAAGGAGGUACUCGACAGAUAAUAAUUCGUGAAUCUUUGUUUUCUUUACGAGUUGCAUGUUAUUUGAGUGGAAAAUGACUAAAGGAAAAGCGUUAAGUCUAACUGGAGUAGUUGUGCUUCUUGUGAUUGGAGGCUUAACGGUAGCAUUUGCAACUCCCAUUGCGUCGGAUCCAACCAAAUCCAUCAACAAUGGACCUGAUUCUUGUUCACCGGUUAUUAUUGCACAUCGAGGCGCAAGUGGUUAUGUACCAGAACAUACGCUUGGGUCAUAUGCCCUCGCUAUAACAAUGGGAGCUGACUACGUUGAACCUGAUCUUGUAAUGACAAAAGACGGACAUCUAAUAUCAAGACAUGACAAUGUACUAGGAUUAACUACAGAUGUUGCGAGUCAUCCAGAGUUUGCCAAUCGUCACCGGACUCAGACAGUUGAUGGAACCGAAAUUAGUGGUUGGUUCACGGAGGACUUUACCCUAGCUGAAAUUAAAACUUUGAGAGCCGUUGAACGUAUACCGGAUAUAAGACCAGGCAAUGCACGAAUGGACGGCGCUUUUCAAAUCGCUACUUUCCAAGAAAUUAUUGAUCUUGUAAAAGGUAUGCAAAGAAGUCAACGACGAACAAUUGGUAUUUAUCCUGAAAUAAAACAUAGUAGUCACUUCAGUAAUAUAGGUUUGCCAAUGGAAGAGCUUGUCGUCAAUACAUUCCAUAGAAAUGGAUAUUUAGAUUCCAACUCUCCGGUUUACAUUCAAUCAUUUGAAGUAAACAAUUUGAAAGAAUUAAAGAAACUAACUAAUCUUAGACUACUGCAAUUAUUCGAAAGUGACAAAUCCCUCCAACCAGCAGAUCAAGCUUUGCUUAAUACCAGCCUUACGUAUGGCAAUAUGUCUACUCCGGAAGGAUUAGCUGAAGUUGCAAAAUAUGCUGCAGCAGUUGGUCCAGACAAGAGCUUCAUAAUUCCCCGUAACGAGGAUAACACUCUCGGCGAGCCUACCAGCUUUGUCGAAGAUGCUCAUGCAGUCGGUCUAAAAGUGCACCCUUAUACAUUCCGUGCUGAAAACACUUACUUGCCUAAGGAAUUUCAGAGUGACAAUCCAGCAAAAUCUGCUUCCGGUGACUUAAUGGGUGAACUGCGAAAGUUUAUUGAGGCUGGAAUUGAUGGACUUUUCUCAGAUCAGCCGGACAUUGCCGUACGGCUACGAGGCCCAUGCUUAUAAGCCGACCGAUUUUAUGUAGUAUGCAAUUUAUACUUAAAUACUAGCUAAUAUUAUAUUAUUUUUCUGUAAAUAUUAAUAAUCUGAUUCGAUUCUACGUUAGUCAAUGGUAUUACGGCAGACACAGUUGCAGCAGUUGCUGCACUCGCGUAAAGAUUAACAAAAGUUUCAAUUCAAUCAUUCGAACGAAGCAUUUUUGAUACAAAUGUAGCAUCGAAUAUGAACAAAAGCAAACAUGAUUAAUAUUAAGUAACAUUGCUUUUAAAAUAUUUGAAUCGUCUAAUUAAUACAUUAACAAUAAAUGUAUAUAAUAUUAUAGUUCUUUACUGUUAUUCCAUAUAAGAACGUAUUUCACAGUAUUAGAAUAAUGUUAAUGUUAUUUUGGUUAAUCAUUAAAAGAGAUUGUAUUAUCUUCUUCUGAAUGACAAUUCAAAGAUUACAGAAAGAGAAAAAUCUAAUUUUAAUUAAGCAACGCUUUUACGAGUACAUAGUAAGACCGUAAAUAAAUAACAUAUCCGUCAACCCUUGAUUAGCCUAAGUUUUAUCAUUUAUAACAACACUUGAGAAACUCACCAAUACAUUUUUGUUAACAAUCACAAACCGACCUUUAGUGUAAAACUUUAAAUAUCGCAUUAAACAUAUUAUUUUAAUUUGUGUUUAAGCUAAAUAGUCUUGUUUCUUUAAAUCGGUCCUAUUUUCUCAAUAGUAUAUCUGAGGUCGCUAUAGUUAUUGGAAUUGCAACUAUUUUAUUGUACAAAUGACAAAUAUUAAAAAAAAUAUCU